UCACAUUAGUACCAUAACAGUAAGACUUCAGCCUCAAAAACUACAGGGAAACCAACUUCCUAGGUGCACUGAGAUACGUAGUCUAACAAUAAUAACAGACUAAUUACUGUGCUGUGUAACUUAAUGCAGUUUAUUUAUUUCAGCAACAAAUGUUUCAAUCUAUUUACAGAACUUAGCGAGACUGAUGAUAUGGGACAUAAAUACACCUUAAAAUCACUGAAGUCUGAACAACAAAAUGUGUCUGCAUGUACGGUAAUUAAAUCAGAAAUGGCGCAAUAAAUCUAACUUCUGUUACUCGGAGUAGUUGAAAACGGAGCCAAAGCUAGCAUGAUAGCCCACGUAGUGUUUGAGCAUUAAAACAUCUGCUAACAACACAUUUUACACUUUAAAACGUGUUUAACUACAAGUCAUUUUACAAACAACGUGAUAAUUCGCUUACCGCGAGGAAUAGGACGAAAUUACGGCACAGAAACACACGAAUUAAGCCUAUCUAAGCCCCGCGGAAGAGCGUCGACUGAAGACGUCAUGAUUUCGACAUGCGCGAUGCGGGGGGAACAGGGGGAACUGAAUUGACCGUAACACCGGCACAGGCGUGACGUUUCACCGAACCUGAACGUCAAGAGUGUAAAAGAUUCUAGUGGUGUAACAGGUGGGGACUGAACCGAGAUGCCUUUGAUGGUUUCCUAAUGGGAUCUAAAGGACUGUUAUGAUGGCCACGCUGAAAUCAGAACCCGAGAGACAGAGAGAGAUGAAGCGCCAUCGUGAGUCGAUCCUCAAAACGCUGGGUGGGGAGAGAGGUGGUCUUUGCAGUAAACGAAUGCGAUAUAGGAUAAACACAAAUACACAUACAGGUAUGUCCUAGAAAUUAGAAGUGACAGAGGAGGACAGGAAAAUCCAAAAUGAGUUUGACUUCCUGGUUCCUGGUGAGUAGCGGGGGCACAAGGCACCGCCUUCCCCGGGAGAUGAUCUUUGUGGGACGGGAUGACUGUGAGCUCAUGCUUCAGUCACGUAGCGUGGACAAGCAGCAUGCUGUCAUCAACUAUGAACCUGCUACAGAUGAACAUAAAGUAAAAGAUCUGGGCAGUCUUAAUGGGACAUUUGUAAAUGAUGUGAGGAUACAAGAGCAGCAGUAUAUCACUCUAAAAAUAGACGACAAGCUGAGAUUCGGCUAUGAUACUAACCUGUUCACAGUUGUGCGUGGAGAACUGCAUGUACCAGAAGAAGCACUGAGGCAUGAAAAGUUUUCUAGUCAGCUUCAGAUAGCUAAAAGGCCAUCUUCAACAGUGGACAGUUACAGAAACUCUGAGAGUGCAGGGGCUGAGGGUGGUAAAGAGGCAGUAGGAAAACCUCCGGAACCAUCACUCAAACGAGAAGAGAAGGUAACAGGAGACGUUGCUGUGGUACCCAGAGGAACUCCUCUGUAUGGACAGCCUUCAUGGUGGGGGGAUGCAGAUGAUGAAAACUUGGAAAAGCAUGACACAAAAGCCUCUGACCCCAGACAGUUCAAGUGUGAACCAGGCAGUAACAUCAUAGUAAAGCCGCAGGAGGUUCCUGCAACCAUGGCACAGACGUCUGCAGCCCAAGAACCCAGUUACUUUGAGAUCCCCUGUAAAGAAGCCAUUUCACUGGAGAGCACUAGUGAGAAUUUCCCUUUAACUGAAGAAGGAGCCGCAGCAAUAUCCACUGACCAUGUACCUGAAGGCAGCACCCAUGGCCAUGCCUCAUUCACCAUUGAGUUUAACACAGUGGCUUCAAGCAAAGGCAAAGAGCGAAGCACCAAGGGGGGACAAGGGCAUCGUUCACAGCCAAAGCGAGGAGCGGGGGAAGAGCUAACUGCCCUGCAGGCUGCCAUGGUUGCAGCGGAGGUGAAGGUGGCGGAUUGGCUUGCACAGAAUGAUUUACCACUGGCACUGACAGAAUCUUUACCUGACGAUGAUGGAGAUAGCGUGAAGAGUGAUGUGCCUGUCCAGAUAAGAAGUCUCAGAGGCAGUAAACAUGAGGAUGGUACUCAGAGUGACUCAGAGAAUGCCUUAAGUGAGCAGCUCAGCAGCCAAACAGCAUCCCUACAGGACAGAGGCCAAUCGACAUUCUGCAGCAGAGGAGACCUCUUCCAGAGCAAACAGUCACCUUUUUCAAAAAAGAUGCUUCCAGUGGAGAAUGAGGUGGAACGGACAAGGAAACAUUCGUCCCCAUGCGUGACCAACAGACAGCAUGGCAAACAACACGAAGGCCCUCAAAGGGGUCAGGCAGAUGACCAAAGUGAGAGGGGAACCUACACCAUUAAACUGGGAAAUAGUAAUACAGAAGAAGAUGAGGCCAGGUGCAUGAUUGACAAGGUAUUUAGGGUGGAGGAUAACCAAGCCCUGACAAGGUUGCGUUACCCAGAGCACCAGAGGGACAAAGAUAGUGUAUGGACAAAGCCUGGAGCCGUAGAAUCUAGACACAUUGACCACACCAGUUUAUUGUCUGAUGACCUAGUCGUUGUUGGAGGUCCAAGGUGGGUCUCUCAGUGGGCCAGUCUAGCUGCAAGUCACAUACGGACAGACCCUGAGGGCUCUGGGGCUGAAUCUACUGUGAUUGGCACUGGUGAAAAAGGUAAUAGUGAGGCAGAGCUUCCCAGAAAAUUCAACUCCCUUGUCUCAUCAUGUCAAUCACAGCAUAAGCAGGCCUUCCCACCAGACUCACCUGAAAACUCUGACAUGGACACAGUAGCCACUGAGGGACAGAAGUCCCAGCACAGAUACAUGGCAGCUUUAUCUAAAAAACAGGAUCACGAACUCCAGGACAAAGAAGGCCAACUCCAUGGAGUAUCCAAAGCUAGACACAGAGUGGCAGGAGAUACCCAAUCAGCCAUAGACAGGACUAGGGUGAGUAAGAGGACUACCAGCAAAAGCAAAGAGGUAAGGCAAAAGCCUAAGUUCAGUGAUCAGAUACCCCACUCCAGUCCAGGAGGUGGCAAAAAAAAUCAAGAUAAGAAGGAAAAGAGCAGAGAAGAGGACAAGAAGACAUCAGGAAAGCCUUUGCUGAGGCAGGAGAGCUUCACUGUGGAGAGACCCAGUGCCCAUGUGCCUGUGGAACUUAUUCCAUGCAUUGAUGGACCUGGUGCAACAAAUCACAUGGAAGUAGGCAGUAUCAGUAAAGGCACUGGUGCUGCCACUUUGGUAAAGGACUCUGAAGCUGUGAUAGCCUUCCUGGAAACCACUCUUCCAGACCAAACAGACACACCCAGUUUCUCCUUGGAGGGUUCAGUUUCCCCAGAGUCUGAUAUAGAUACCACCAGUACUGUGAGUCAAGCUGGAGGAGAGGGAGGAUACAAGGUGGCCCAGACAAAACGCUCAGGCAGUGGUCCAAUACGUGACAAAUCCAAGAUAAUGAGUGGUACAAAAGUCAAGUCUCAUCCGUGUGUACCAAAUCAUUCACAUUCACGUGCUUGGGCUUCACUCGACUUGACAGAUGAUGACUUAAACUCGUCUCUUGCACAAGACACUUAUGCUGUGCAGCAUCAUAGUCGGGGUAAAACUGUCAAACUGAGAACAGAGGCUAGUAGUAGCAGAGCCAACGAAGCAAAAUCAAAGACAGCAGCUCCUGCCUAUUCUGUAUCCAGACCUGCUUCAAUGUGCCAGCCCAGGCCCACUCGUGCCUCCCUGCUUCGCCGUGCUCGACUUGGAGAUUCUUGUGACACAGACCUAGCUGAUAUGGAUCGGAUGUCUGUUGCAUCUGAGGCGUCCACUACCAGCUCUGCCUCCAGACCCUCAGCUGGACGGAGGACACUGUCCCGGAUAGAGACACUGGCUCAGCCGCGGAGGCCAAGAGUUAGCUCUCCUUCAGCACGGAGUGACUCAGAAGCCACAUCAGGACGGGUCAAGAGGCUUGCCUCACAUCCAGGUCCAGACAGUACGCUACGACUGGGCUUCCACUCCUUGUCAGUGCCCAGGGCUAGAGCCAGCAGCGCUUCCAAAGUACCGGAUAAGUUGGCAGGAAAAUCCUUUCUUCAAGGCACUACUACAGCUGGUGGGAGGUGGCGGCAUGUGCCUGUCGAGUAUGCGUCUACUUCAGAAGACGAAUUUGGCUCCAACCGUCACCCAACCAAACGCACACAGCCACGAACAAUAGCCUCACGGGUCAUCCAGCUGGGGGGGUCAGCUCCUGCCACACCCAGCCCAGGAGGCAUAUCCAUGCUCAGACACCAGUCAAGCAGAGAACAGGACGAGUAUAUGAGAGACUGGACUGCCCACAGUGAGGAAAUUGCCAGAAUAAGUCAAGACUUGGCAAAAGAUCUAGCCAUGUUAGCCCAAGAAAUCCAUGAUGUAGCUGGAGAGAUUGACUCGGCCAGUCCCUCCUCUGCACCCUCUGCUUUGAUUGAGGGGCGAGUGCUUGUGGACAGGCUAAGCAGCAGUCCAGAUAUCAGCAGCACAGCUGUUGAAUUGAGACCUCGAAGCUCCAGCAACCAAGAGCCUCGAGCCAUCCGUCGUCAGACCUGGAACAGGGAUGAGGCUGUGCUAGACAGUUUGGUAUUGGCAUCUGUUUCUCAACUUUCAGCUAAAAUCAGACAAGGAGUGGACAAGACAGCCAGCAAAAUCAGAAUUUUGUUCAAAGAUAAAGACAAAAAGUGGGCCGAGCUUGAGAGCAAACUGCAGAUGGAAAAUGAGGUGCCACUCCUCAAGACGUCCAACCAGGAGAUCUCCUCCAUCCUUAAAGACCUGAAGCAAGUUGAGAGACAGCUGUUGGUCAUUGACAUCAUGCUGGAUCCUGAUGGCACUCUGGAUGCUCUGACCAAUUUGGGUAUUACCAGCCCUCUUGUGACAGAGAUUAGGGUGAGUCCCAGUGCCCAGAACCAAAGUGGGAGCCAUCAGGAUGGGGAGGGAUCAGCCAGUACCCCCGUGUUUUUCUCAGCAGUCUCAGAGGUGUCUGAACAAGAGCUUGGCCUACAUGUAAUGACUAAAGUACAGAGCAAUACAAGCCAAAAAUGAUGACAUCUGUGAUUUUACACAGAGAAGAUGAACCAUGGACAUAUGCCCUUUUGAACACAUCUGAACCAACAAAAACUGAAUUAGCAUGGACAUUUAUUUUUCUGUUAUGCUAGAAAUCUGUCCUGUCACAAUAAUGUUGCAUUUAAAAGUUUGCUUCAGCUAUUCCAAGUGACUUGGGACAUUGCCCGACAUUUAAAAAUACUUUAGAUUUACUUAAGAACUCUUCUGAACUGCACUGCAAAAGAAAAAG